AUGCGCCUCCCUUCCAGAGCGACGCUCAUCGGAGCCGAUCCUAAAGACGAUCACCUUCACCAAUUCGAAACUUCAUGGCUUCUAUCACCACUUGUGCUAGCAUGUUUGCGCGGUCUGAUCGCGCUCUACAUCUUCACCACCAUUAUUGUCAUCUGGAUCUGGUACGGUACGCACGAUGACCGUGUCGCAAUCGGCGAAUCCUUCAGCUACUUCACCUGGCUCACGUACUGGGGUUUGGGAAUCUACUUCCUAGUAUCCACCAUCCAUACAGCCCUCUACGCACGGACGGGCCGCUCGGUGCUCUUCGAUCGCUGGCCGCGCGCAUGUCGCGUGCUCCAUGGACUCCUGUAUGCGAGCAUCACAACCUACCCGUUCCUCGUAACAAUUGUCUUUUGGGGUCUUCUGUUCAAACCGCCGUUUUACAAGAUCACGUUUCUGGGCUGGUCGAAUAUCUCUCAGCAUGGUCUGAACUCCUUUUAUGCCCUUCUGGAAAUCUUCCUUCCGGCUACGGCCCCGCACCCCUGGAUCGGUGUACCUGUCCUGAUUCUCGUCUUGCUGUUCUACCUCUGUGUCGCCUAUAUCACCUACUACGAUCAGGGCUGGUGGACAUACAGCUUCCUGAAUACUGAGCAUGGCAAGAAGAGUGGGAUCGUCGCGGCCUACUGUUUUGGCAUUCUAGCCGCUAUCCUGGUCAUCUUCUGUCUUUCCAUGGGUUUGAUCUGGGUGCGGAGACGGCUGACCGGUGAUAAGAGGAAGAGGUCGCCUCAGGAUAUUCUGCGACAUGAUUUUGCGGCUCAGAAUAUGGAUAUGCAGGCGCAGUCGAGUGAGAUGAAAGAAGCUAUCGUUUAA